UUGCGCCAGCGCGGACUCAUUCAGCAUCCAGCAGCCGGCGCAACAUCUCGCGGCGCCUUCAUCACACUUUCUCUGGGACGAUUCUGAUUAUUUAGAAAACAAUAAUAAAUUAAUAAUGGCUUUGAGAGGAACUCUAUUCCGUCUUCUCAGAUCUAAACUCGGCCACACGUGCCAACAAAGCAGAGCACAAUCCGUGGCUGUGCUGGGAGCUCCGUUUUCAAGAGGACAGAAAAGAAGAGGUGUGGAGCACGGGCCUAAAGCCAUCAGAGAUGCGGGGCUCAUCGACAGGCUCUCCGGGUUAGACUACUCUGUCCACGACUUUGGCGACCUCAACUUCCACCACCUGGAGAAGGACGAGCCCUACAUGGACGUGAAGUUCCCUCGCUCUGUGGGCGGAGCCAACAAGAUGCUGUCCGGCGCCGUGAGCAGAGCAGUCGGCGCCGGACACACCCUCGUCAUGCUGGGAGGUGAUCACAGCCUUGCUAUUGGAUCAGUGGGAGGCCACGCCCAGCAGUGUCCUGACCUGUGUCUCAUCUGGGUGGACGCUCAUGCAGAUAUAAACACGCCCAUGUCUUCUCCAUCAGGAAACCUCCACGGCCAGCCCGUGGCGUUCAUGCUCAAAGAGCUGCAAGACAAGAUGCCAGAUAUCCCCGGCUUCUCCUGGGCCAAGCCCUUCCUGUCCUCGAGUGACCUGGUGUACAUCGGCCUGCGGGACGUCGACCCCGGAGAGCACCACAUCCUGAAGACCCUGGGCAUCCAGUACUUCACCAUGAGGGACAUCGACAGACUCGGCAUCCAGAGAGUCAUGGAGGUCACGCUGGACCAUCUUCUGUCGAGAAAACAGCGACCGAUCCACUUGAGCUUCGACAUCGACGCAUUCGACCCGUCUCUGGCUCCGGCUACAGGAACGCCGGUGAACGGCGGUUUGACCUACAGGGAGGGAAUCUACAUCACAGAGGAAAUCCAUAACACAGGUCUGCUGUCGGCCAUGGACCUGGUGGAAGUAAACCCGGGGCUCGGGGCUAACCGCGAAGCCGUGGAGGCCACCGCCUCUUUAGCGGUGGACGUCAUCGCAUCGUCUCUGGGUCAGACGAGAGAAGGCACCCCCGUGUCCAUCGAUGAGAUCCCGUCUGUGAAGGACGACACGGAGCAGCUGCGUCUCUGAGCGCGCGACGCCACGCUUUGAACUUUAUCAGCAUUCCACGACCUGCACGCGAGACUGGAUCUGAAAGUAGCUGAAAGGUUUUGUUCUCAUCUCUUUAGUGUCUCAUGAACUAUUGUCUGAACUCCUCACCCGAGCGACUGAAAGUUAACUUCGUCCCGAUGAUGGAAAUGCUUUGGAUUUAAAGCGGUAAUACGAACUUAUUUUGGUAAUAAGAUGCUGCAUAUUUAUAACGCGUUGUUUGGAGGACUCCCAACGUUUAGUGGCUGAGCCAGUUACUAAACAUAAUGAUGUGUUUGCACUUUUGGACCAGCUGUGGUUACUGUUUUCUUUAGUUACUUUUGUAUUUUCACAAUACUUAUACUAGGGUUUAGUGUGUAUUAAUAUUUACUGACUACAUGCUGGCUAUUAAUCUUGAAAAGAUGCUCGACUUGAUGUUGCCACUAAACGACUGUUGUCCCUGUAACAGAGUUUAUAUUUUGGUCUUCCAUAAAUGUGAUUUACAUUUUU